AGUGACAAGGAAUUAGCUACAAGGAAUGUAUUGUAUGAGAGUGAUUUGAUCUUGCAUCACUGGUCAAUUAAAUAAUUAUUGAACUAAUUGAUUCCGUAAAAUAAUUCAUAAGGAUUUAAUACUUCGGUGCGUUUUGACUGAAAUGUAUGAAUGUGCAAUGACUGAUAAUAAUCAGUUAUUGGAGGUUAUAAGAUUAUAUAAUGAAUUAAAAAUUUUGUUAUUGUUGUGACGAUAUAGUAGAUUCCGCAGGAUUGCGAGUUUUUUAAAUGAUUCAUCGGUUCAACAAAGCUAUUAUGACCAGCGAAGAUAUCAUUUUUGUUGAGUUGAGCUGCCUUUGAAGACCUAAUAUGCAAAAGAGGCGAGAACUAUAAUAUUGCUUCAUAUAAAGAACUUCAAGAAAUGUCCACUGCAUCAAACAAUACCCAGGGAAUGCCUGGGAUGGUUGAAAUAAUAGAACUUGCAAGACUAUUGCGACAGAAUGGUGACAAAGUGCUGAGUGCUACUAGCAAGUUAUCUUUAACCACAUCACUUUUGAAUGAUUUAAAUGAAGCGUUCAGCCUAAUUGUUGACGAAAAUGAAGAUUUGGAAAUCUCUUUCCAAGUAUGCAAUAGCUCCACAAGUGACAUAUUCAGAGACCUUAAAUUUCUUCAUGAUUUCGUGCAGAAGACCGUCAGCCUUAAAAUUACACAUAGGCAGAAGGAUCGCAAAACAUUAGUCGAUAUUACUAAAUUUAGGCAUUUGAAAUACUUGGAAUUGCAAAAGGUUUCUAUUGAAUCUGUCCAUGGACUGCAAGGAAUUAGAGGACAAUUAGAAAGUGUAGUCUGCUCUGGUGGCAGAGGCGUUGGCUCCGUUGGAAGACUAUUAGCUGCUUGUGGUGGUGACGCAGGUGUUGGUUUUCUAUGGGGAUCGUUGCGUUCUUUGGCAUUACCUUACAACGCUUUAGUCAGAUUAGACAAAUCUCUAGAACUAGCAACAUGGUUACAGACAUUAGACUUGAGCCAUAAUUUGAUAUCAUCUGCCACUGAAAUCAACUGUUUGCCAAACUUGAAGAAUGUCAAUCUUGGAUAUAAUAAACUAGAGACUGUUCCAACUUUCAGUCAGGCUGUCUUUCAUACCCUGCAAGUGGUGAUAUUGAAAAAUAACUAUAUUGAUAAUCUGAGCGGAUUACAGGGUCUGGAUUUCCUGUCUGAAUUGGAUUUAUCGUACAAUUGUUUGACCGAACAUUCAGUUUUAUGGCCCUUGGAAUCAAUGUCAGCCCUACUGUGGAUAUCCUUAGAAGGAAAUCCUCUGUCAUAUCAUCCAAAACAUAGACUCUUAUCUAUAAAACAUUUACAUCCAAGCAUAGCAGACAGUAAGUUCGUCCUGGAUCACAUUUUGCUCUCUAAAGUUGAGAGGCAGGUGGUCAAUGAAAACCGCUUCUUUUCUAUUAGACCAACACGUUUUUCAUCUGGUGAUGAUUUAUCGUCCUUAACAAGUUCUGUAAGAUCUGAUCUUACAUCAACUUCCAUUGAGACCACAAUGUUUACUGAGUCUAUGAUACAAAGCCAAUACUCUGAUCCUCCAGAAAGCGUACGCAGUUCUAAAGGCCGAAAGAAAACAAAUGUAACAGUAGCAGUUAUAGCGGGUGAUGAUUGCGAUAAGGACGAAAUUACGUUGAGUUCCAGUAUCGCUUCGAGCAUAGAAACGUCUAUGGAUCAUUUGGAAACAAAAAAGCAAAUUGUCGCACUUCGAGAAAAGUUUGGUGCAGAUAACUGGCUGCAUAGUCAUGCGGCGACAUUUGUUCAAGAAAUCAUGGGAAUGCAAAACACAUCUCGUCCUCUACUAUCAUCUACACCAGUCACUAUGACUCCAAUAGAUACACCGCGUGUAACAACUAUUUAUGAUUCUUCAACGUCCAAGUUAGAUACUUCUACCUUGCCAGUAGACGCUAGUGUUGAGAUCGAAUCCAUAGGAAAGUUUGGGGAAAAUAAAGAAUCAUUAGAUAUUCCCGAUGAAAAGGAAAAAGAUAUUUCUGAUAAGACUGAUUUGCUUGUCAGCAAAAUUGUAGAAGUAACUACCGAUAGCCAGUUGCAAUCAGAAGGUCUAUAUGAUCCUGAUGAAGAAGAAGGAGAUAUAUACAUAGUGCAGAAGAAAAAGACCAGAGAUGAAACUGAGGAAUUGUUUUUGAUAGUCACUCCAAAAAAUAUAAAGGAAAAAGAUUCGAUAACCAGAAGGGUGAUAUGCCGGUGGGCUACCAAUACUGUGCUCUCAUGUGUAAUGGGUAGAGGUGAAACAACUAGUGUAGAUAUUAUUUUUGAUACAUCUAGAAGAGAUCGACAAAAUAGAACUUACUUCAUGGAGCCUCACGAUGCCAAGCAACUUGUGGCCACAGUUGGUGAAGUAAUAAAUGCGCAGCCCAUUACAUUGAAAGUCUUCAAAUGUAUGAAGUGCUCCACACACUUUUCAGAGGAUUCAGAUAAUACAUUAUUGAUUUCAGCUAUUGUACCAGAAUCUACAGGACCAAAGUGCCCCACAUGCAAAAGCACCUUAGUCAUACAAACGGAUGAAUUGGCGACCCCUGUGAUAUUUGAUGACACUGCUGCUAUCAAAGGAAACGAAAGCAAUGAAUUGUCACAAGAUCAAUUAACAAAAGCUCCAAAGGAUCAGGAUUUAGAACAUUCAGCAUCGCAUUCUAGUAUUGGCUCAGCAACUAGUCUUGAUGAAUCCAGGGAAUCUACACCAUCUGCCGGAACCAUGACGAAAAAAUAUGAAAGUGACAUAGAGAUCUUGAGUAAUCCGAGUCAGAGCAGUAUUGAAGUGUUGGAUGAAAAUGCAAAAUCAAAUUUGACACCCAGUAGAAAAAGGUCAUCUGAAGAAAGGCGAGUUGCAGUUGCUCCGUCUUUGUUGACAAUUCCAGACACAUCUCUACUCCCCGCUGGUUUAACGGAAAGCAGUUCUUCUGGCUCUUUAACAGACAGCGUGUGUACUGCAUAUGAAAAUAAAGCUUUGAAACUCAUAGAACCCAAUUUAAAAUCAACUAAAACGUACAGAGAGAUUGAACAAGAGGUACUGCGUGAAGAAAGAGAAUCAACACCCCAAUCUUCAACAAAUUUGAGUGCAAUGCUAGGAGGAUUAUUGGAAACCCUAAAAAUUGGCACAAGUAAAUUAUCAUCACCCAUAUUGGAAACGGAUCCAGUAUUUUCAGGUAGCGCUAUUCAAUAUUCAUAUACCGAUUACCGAAGUGUUGAUCACAGAGUGAAACUCCACAUUAUUCUGAAUAUUUUUGAGCACGAAAAAGAAGAUCUAGUCCUUCUGCUUAGGGCGGAAAUUUUAGCGAAAGAUUCGGCAGAAACGUUUCCUGGAUGUUUAAUUUUGUCCACUUCUAAAGUUUACAUUCUAAGGAUUACUGGAUCGGAAGGGGAGGAUCCCCAAAAAUGGCUGCAAAAAGAAUGUAGUUGGACUAUGGAUAGAUUGCGAACGUUUGCUCCAUUGCCUUUUAAACAAGGCAUUCUAGUUGAAUUGUAUCAACCUGGCAAAGUCGGAGAGGGACCGUCAAAUGCAACUGUUGUUUGUAUUCUCCAAGAUUUCCAAAGAACAUCAAAUUUCUUAUCGUACCUCACUGAUUUACCAUUACCUGGAAGUUGCGAGGUAGAAUUCUCAGUACCCGAGCAUUGUACGUCACGACUUCAUCAUCUCUUGACUUUUUCUGAAAAUCACCAAGAUGGUGACGCUGUGCGUUUACUUGCUCUGUUUUCUUGUUGUACAAUAAAAUACGACGAUCAAACUAUAGUUACGAAGGUUGCUGGAUUGAUAAUAACAAUGUCUGCAUUAUUGGUUAUCGAAGAUAACUUACAAUGGCUAGUACUUGGAAGUCAAGAAACUCCUGCAAUCAAAACUGAACAACCUAUGAGCAACCUAAUCUCAGUGGAGCACAAUGGAAGUUUGCUGAAGUUGAGCUAUCUGGAUGAACUAGCAAAUAAAGAAGAAAUUUGGACACUUGAAUUUGUAUCAUCAGGGGCCGUUGAAACUGUAAUAAAUUCAAUACAACCGCCAUGGGAGGAACUUUUUUCCGUUCCUCUGCAAAUCACCUCCGGAACGUCUCCAGAUACUUUGAAAACAUGAAAAGGUAGGAUAAUAUUAUAGCAUAUCGGAAAAUUUUAUUUAUUUGUACAGAGUUAAUCAGAAACAUAUAUUCUUAUGACCUAAAUUUCAUCGUAGACUCAAAUGAUGUAGUUAGCCUAUUACGGUACCAUUUUUUACUUUGUUGAACCUUUUUGUGAUAAAUAAAAAAAUCAUAGUUUUAGUCAUAAUGGCAAUAAUAUAAUAUGACUUUUGUCAGCUGUGACCAUAGCGAGCCAAAGCUUGGGUUGGUUCGUGUUUAUUGUUAACAGUCCACCUGUUAUUCUGAUAGUCGAUAGAAAAUCAUAUCAUAUGAAUUCUGAUUUCCUAUCUCCUAUCUUAUCUGUGCUUUUUGCAUAUUAAUAUUUUUUUUUUAAUCUAGUUGAGGCAAUCUAGAACUGUGUUGAAAACACUGAGUAUUCAUUUAUUUCAUAUGAAUGGUAAAGAUUAACCAAGCCUACAAGUUCACAAAACGAUUUUUUUGAUUUAAUGACGAUUGAUAUUGAUAUAAUAUAUUCACGCACAUCUACUGAAAAAUAUUAAAUAUAGCCUGAUCAGUAAUGAAGAACUAUUGGCAUUAUUAUUGUUGGGCUGUGAUGACACAUAUUCACCACUGAGUAAUAUAAUAAAUAGAUGUUGCUGUAAAUACCAGUGUUGGAAUUGAAAUGAUACGUUUUAUCAAAAGUUCGACAGUAUACAUACAUUUAUACACGCAAUCAUACGGUCUAUUUCGGUGUAAAACUAAAGUAUCACCAUUCGUAGUUUAAAUGAUUUUCAAGUGCUGUAAUAAAAUCAACUAGACUAUUUUAUAAAACUAACAAAUUGUAUAAAAAUAAUGUUGAAUAAAUAUUUUUCUAUGAA